CCCUUCCUAGAUACAUGUUUAACAAUCGAGUCUGGUCCUUCGUCCACGUUCAAGACGGGAAAUCUGCCUGGUUUUCUUUGCUGUGCAUUUCGGCCGCCUAGAGGAUCGAAAUGCCCCUCUGACGCCCCCUCCGUGAAAAACGCCUCGGCAUCAAUGCUUCCUGUCUCGAGCAGAGAUCUCCACCGCAGCUGCAAGGCCCUGAUACAGUUGAUCCUGCGCUCUUAUGCCGCAAUACGCCCAUCCGCGGCCACCACCACCACCUCCACUUCGCUCUGCAUCCUAAUCAGCCGAUCUCAGCAUCAUCUCUCGAUCGUCGGCGAAGCCGCGAAAAGCUGAGGGG